AUGCCCCUGAACGAGCAGCGACAUGACGGCCUGCUCUGCGACGUGCUGCUGGUGGUGCAGGAGCAGGAGUACCGCACCCAUCGCUCCGUCCUGGCUGCCUGCAGCAAAUACUUCAAGAAGCUCUUCACAGCUGGCACCUUAGCCAGCCAGCCCUAUGUCUACGAGAUUGACUUCGUGCAGCCCGAGGCCCUGGCCGCCAUCCUGGAGUUCGCCUACACCUCCACGCUCACCAUCACCGCCUCCAAUGUCAAGCACAUCCUCAAUGCCGCCAGGAUGCUGGAGAUCCAGUGCAUCGUGAACGUGUGCCUGGAGAUCAUGGAGCCCGGGGGGGAUGGGGGGGAGGAGGACGACAAGGAGGACGAUGACGAUGACGAGGACGACGAUGACGAGGAGGACGAGGAGGAGGAGGAGGAAGAGGAGGAGGAGGACGACGAUGACACGGAGGACUUCGCGGACCAGGAAAACCUGCCUGACCCCCAGGACAUCAGCUGCCACCAAAGCCCUUCCAAGACGGACCACCUCACAGAGAAGGCCUAUUCAGACACACCCAGGGACUUCCCUGAUUCCUUCCAGGCUGGCAGCCCUGGCCACCUGGGUGUGAUCCGGGACUUCUCCAUUGAGUCUCUGCUGAGGGAGAACCUGUACCCCAAAGCCAACAUCCCUGACAGGAGACCCUCCUUAUCUCCAUUCACCCCAGACUUCUUCCCACACCUCUGGCCAGGGGACUUUGGUGCCUUUGCCCAGCUGCCCGAGCAGCCCAUGGACAGUGGGCCUCUGGACCUGGUCAUCAAGAACCGGAAGAUCAAGGAGGAGGAGAAGGAGGAGCUGCCCCCACCCCCACCGCCACCCUUCCCAAAUGACUUCUUCAAGGACAUGUUCCCGGACCUCCCCGGGGGGCCACUGGGCCCCAUCAAGGCGGAGAAUGACUAUGGUGCCUAUCUCAACUUCCUGAGUGCCACUCACCUGGGGGGCCUCUUCCCGCCCUGGCCACUGGUGGAGGAGCGCAAGCUGAAACCCAAGGCCUCUCAGCAGUGCCCUAUCUGCCACAAAGUCAUCAUGGGGGCCGGGAAGCUGCCGCGGCACAUGCGGACCCACACCGGCGAGAAGCCGUACAUGUGCAACAUCUGCGAGGUCCGCUUCACCAGGCAGGACAAGCUGAAGAUCCACAUGCGGAAGCACACGGGGGAGCGGCCCUACCUGUGCAUCCACUGCAACGCCAAGUUCGUACACAACUACGACCUCAAGAACCACAUGCGCAUCCACACGGGCGUGCGGCCCUAUCAGUGCGAGUUCUGCUACAAGAGCUUCACGCGCUCCGACCACCUGCACCGCCACAUCAAGCGCCAGAGCUGCCGCAUGGCUCGGCCUCGACGCGGCCGCAAGCCCGCUGCCUGGAGGGCUGCGAGCCUGCUCUUCGGGCCGGGAGGUCCCGCCCCGGAGAAGGCGGCCUUCGUGAUGCCACCUGCGCUGGGCGAAGUGGGCGGCCACUUGGGCGGGGCUGCCGUUUGCCUCCCAGGCCCCAGCCCGGCCAAGCACUUCCUGGCGGCUCCCAAGGGCGCGCUGAGCCUGCAGGAGCUCGAGCGGCAGUUCGAGGAGACGCAGAUGAAGCUGUUCGGGCGCGCCCAGCUGGAGGCCGAGAGGAACGCAGGGGGCCUCUUGGCCUUUGCGCUGGCCGAGAACGUGGCCGCAGCGCGGCCCUACUUCCCGCUGCCCGACCCGUGGGCCACGGGCCUGGCCGGCCUCCCUGGGCUCGCUGGCCUCAACCACGUGGCCUCCAUGUCUGAAGCCAACAACUAG